AUCACCACUAAAUAGUAUUACUUUUAGGAAAUUACAAAUUCGUUAUCAGUUCCUUUCAAUAUCAUUGAACAGUUUCCCUGAUAUGAUGUUCUCAUUUUGAAAAUAAAGAUUUCGAAAUACCUAUUUGGUAGUAUGAAUAAAUGAAUAUUUUGUACAGAAAAAGAUCGAAUCAUGCGCAAGUUUUGAACUCAAAGGUUGGAUAAGUACUAUGUGAGGAAAAGGGAUUCAGUAGUUUGAGGAAUAGUAUCUCGUAAUAAUGAUAUCCACAAAGAUUUCAAAUAUUUGUAAGCAGUUAUCUAAUAAUCAAAAGAGCCCUGCAAUCAGCUUAGUUAUUAGACAAUUUUCAAAUGGAGCAAAUACCAAGACUAAAGAAGAGCUAUUAAAUAAUACAGGUUGCGGUCCUCUCACCUCAUUAACAGAAAACGAACUUCUUAUGAAAGAAACAGUACAUAAAUUGGCAAAGGAACAAAUUGAACCUAAUGUUCGAGAAAUGGAAAAAGAUGGUAAAUUUAAGAAUUCCGUCUUGGAUAUGUUGUUCAAAAAUGGGCUUCUAGGUAUUGAGAUUGAUGAGUGUUAUGGGGGAGCUGGCUCUAAUUUCAUGACAACAAUCCUUACGGUUGAAGAAAUAUCUAAGGUUGAUCCCUCAGUCUCAACUUUGGUGGAUAUCCAUAACACUUUGGUGAAUUCAAUCAUAAUGAAGUUAGGGUCAGAAGAACAAAAACAGAAGUAUCUUCCUAGAUUAGCAACUCAGAUGGUUGGAAGUUUUGCUAUUACAGAGACUACCUCAGGAUCAGAUGCAUUUGCAAUGAAAACCACAGCCAAAAAGGAUGGCUCAGAUUAUAUUAUAAACGGCUCAAAAAUGUGGAUUUCCAAUGCAGAUAUUGCUGGACUCUUUGUUCUAUUUGCAAAUGCGAAUCCAUCUGCUGGAUACAGAGGCAUUACUUGUUUCCUUGUAGACAGAGAUUUAGAUGGAGUUUCUGUGGGUAAACCAGAGAAAAAACUAGGGAUCUGUGCUUCAGGAACCUGUAUGGUUUCAUUAGACAAUGUCCGGGUACCUGAAAGUGCCAUUUUGGGGGAACUGGGGCAAGGGUACAAAUAUGCUGCGGGAUUCCUGAACGAGAGCAGAAUUGGAAUCGGUGCACAGCAGUUAGGUCUGGCUCAAGGUUGUUUUGAUGCUACCAUACCUUACACCUUAGAGCGAACUCAAUUUGGCCAACCCAUAUUUGAUUUUCAGUCGAUGCAACACCAGAUCUCCCGAAUAGCGACCCAAAUCGAGUGUGCCAGGCUGCUGGUGUACAACGCAGCUCGUAUGGUGGAAAUGAGGCAACCUUUCGCGAAACAGGCGGCCAUGGCUAAAUAUUAUGCUUCGGAAGUAGCCCAGGAAACCUGUGUAAAGUGUAUUGAUUGGAUGGGGGGUCUAGGUUUCAGUAAAGAUUAUAUUCAGGAGAAAUUUUACAGGGACUGCAAGAUAGGUAGUAUCUAUGAGGGCACCACCAAUAUGCAACUGACUACCAUUGCUAAACUGAUCAAGAAGGAAUAUCAAAACUAAGUUUUACGCGUUUUCUCUAUAUAUUUUUUUAUUUCUCUAUACUGAAAUGACAAUAUGUACAAUGCUCUGAUAUUUUCUGAAACAAUAAAAAUAUUAUUCUUGUUA